AUGCCAAAACGACUCCGCGAGAUCGGGUUACGAGUACGAGAAGACAUGUCCUACCUCGUCGUAAAAGACAUCGUCCCUCACCACAACGAUAAAUUCGGCGGCAACACAGGCGUGAUCCGCUCCGCCACCUCUCGUCCAAUCUACUCCCUCUCCGAAGCAAAUUUGCUCGCUUCGAGUAUCCCACCGACAGACUACACCCCCCUCUUCAUCGGCUCCAAGAACGGGCGAUAUUGGGCACGGUUCCGGGAUGCAGAGGGCAAGUACGAACUCGAGAUAUCCGUCAUACGGGAGGUGUGGUACACGAACCCACAGAAUUGGAUAUGGGCAGUACACCGGUGGAAAGGCCACGAUACGCUUGGGAUCGUGAGUUAUCACCGCACGGUGGAGGGCGCGAAUAAAGCUGCGAGAAAGAUCGUGAAAGAUGUUGUGGCGGGGGUGGAGAGGGAUGUUUGGAGUCUUUGGAGGGGGAGGAGGGAGAGGGGGGUUGGGAUGGGUGGGGAGGUUGUUGAGUAUGUGCCGCUGCCGAAUGAUUUUGGGAGGGGGGUUACGGUGCAGGUUAGGAGGAUGUUGUUGGAGAGAUAG